CGGCGCUGACAAAGUAUCACUUCCGUUUUCCGUUUGCAUUUUUUCGUAGCUGUCGCAAAAGUGUGAAUUAAGUGUUAAAAAAAGGUUGUAGAUUGUAAAUUUAGUGAAGAAAAUCUUUAGUAAACGCAUUUGCUAAAGACACAUAAUCAUAAGCAAUAUGGUUGGAUCACGAGUGUACGUGGGCGGUCUUCCGUACGGAGUGCGGGAGCGCGAUUUGGAACGCUUCUUUAAAGGCUAUGGCCGCACUCGCGACAUACUAAUUAAGAACGGCUACGGCUUUGUGGAAUUUGAAGAUUAUCGUGACGCCGAUGAUGCCGUCUACGAGCUAAAUGGCAAAGAGCUGCUGGGGGAGCGCGUGGUUGUUGAACCCGCCCGAGGCACAGCCCGUGGCAGCAAUCGCGAUCGCUACGACGAUCGUUACGGUGGACGCCGCGGCGGAGGCGGACGUUACAAUGACAAAAACAAAAAUUCCAGAUCAUCAUCCCGCUAUGGGCCGCCAUUGCGCACCGAGUACCGCCUGAUUGUUGAGAAUUUGUCGAGCCGCGUCAGCUGGCAGGAUCUGAAGGACUACAUGCGUCAGGCUGGCGAGGUUACCUAUGCCGAUGCGCACAAGCAGCGUCGUAAUGAAGGCGUGGUUGAGUUUGCCUCGUUGUCGGACAUGAAGACGGCUAUUGAGAAGCUCGACGACACGGAGCUGAAUGGCAGACGGGUACAUCUGGUCGAGGAUCGUCGCGGAGGACGCGGUGGUGGUGGCAGCGGGGGCGCCAGUGGCGGUGGUGGUGGAGGCGGACGUGGUCGAUCUCGUUCAUCCAGCUCCCGUUCACGCUCUCGCUCCCGCAGGCGUUCUCGCUCUCGUCGCUCUUCGCACUCGCGUUCCAAGUCUCGCAGCCGCUCCAAGUCUCGUGGUGGACGUUCCAAGUCCAAGUCGCCCGUUAAGUCGCGCUCUCGAUCCCGUUCACGCUCAAACAAAUCGCGUGAUGUUUCCAAGUCCAAAUCAAAGUCCCACUCGCGCACUCGCUCCCGCUCCCCCAAGCGUGAGCGCGACUCGCGUUCUCGCUCACGUUCCAUUUCGAAGCGUGAGUCACGCUCCCGUUCACGUUCCAAGUCGAACCAUCGCGACUCUCGUUCACGCGACCGUUCCGCCUCAGUUGACAACAAGUCGCGUUCGCGCUCCCGAUCCCGUUCGGCCUCGCCUAAAAACGGAAAUGCCUCACCGGACCGCAAUAACGAGAGCAUGGACGAUUAGAUUAGUUAGCUGUCCCAUUAAUAUUAAAACACUUGAUUUUAGAUUUUUACUAUAACUAUUCUACAAACAUCCACACAGACACCUUAUUCUACCCUGCGUCACUGGCACACAGCCAACAAAUAACGAAAAAAUGAAAUGCAAAUGAACUUAACAUUUUUUUUAAUAUUUAAAAAUUAUGUUUUUCGUCUUGCGCCACACUCGACACAAUCCACAAUCACUGCCCCAUCGCUGGGCAAUACAACAGAGAACAGACAGGAAACAUUUAGUCGAGUGCUGCACUUCGUAGCACCAUCGCAAGGCAAACAACAUUCUUGCCGAUGAGAACAAUUGAGAACAACUGUAACAUAUGUAACAGCAAACGAUCUAAAAUUGUCUAUACACAUGAUUCAUUUCAAUAAAUACGGAAACAUUUAAAUAUA